UCUCCCUAUUCUCGUGUGGAAUGAGCCGUUCGAGCCGGUUGCCCGAGCAGCAGCAGCAGGCGGCGGCGGCGGCACUGAGGCAGGUUGUUUGAGGACUGAAUGUCGUACUGACUUCUGAGGGGACUCGCAGCCGAGACGGGGGACGAGGACAGAGAGGCUGUUAGGAUGGCUUCAAACUUCAACGAUAUAGUGAAGCAGGGCUACGUGAGGAUUCGGAGUAAGAAAUUGGGGAUCUUCAGAAGAUGCUGGCUUGUAUUCAAGAAGGCGUCCAGUAAAGGACCACGGCGAUUAGAGAAAUAUCCAGAUGAAAAAGCUGCUUACUUCAGAAGCUUUCACAAGAUUACUGAGCUCCACAACAUUAAGAACAUUACGCGAAUGCCACGAGAGACCAAGAAACACGCAGUGGCAAUUAUUUUCUGUGAUGAGACGUCAAAGACAUUUGCCUGUGAGUCAGAGCUGGAGGCUGAAGAGUGGUGGAAGUUAUUGUGUUUGGAGUGUCUGGGCAGCAGACUUAAUGACAUCAGCCUGGGAGAACCGGACUUGUUAGCAGCAGGGGUGCAGAGGGAACAGAACGAGAGAUUUAAUGUUUACUUGAUGCCUACCCCAAACCUGGACAUCUACGGAGAGUGCACAAUGCAGAUUACCCAUGAGAACAUCUACCUUUGGGACGUCCAUAAUGCCAGAGUCAAGCUGGUCAUGUGGCCGCUCAACUCCCUGAGGAGAUACGGCAGAGACUCGACCUGGUUCACGUUUGAGUCCGGGAGGAUGUGUGAUACAGGGGAGGGUUUGUUCACAUUCCAGACAAGAGAAGGCGAGAUGAUCUAUCAAAGAGUUCACUCUGCCACACUGUCCAUCGCCGAGCAACAUGAACGCAUGAUGAUGGAGAUGGAGAAGAGCUCACAGACUCUUUCAAACGAGAGCACAUUAACAAAGUCGAUAUCUCUCCCGCGAAGCGCUUACUGGCACCACAUCACGCGUCAGAACAGCGUGGGAGACAUCUGCAAUUACCAAGGUACGAGCUUGACUAUGACUCUCAUUCCACGGGCGCAGACGUUUCAAAGCUUCCUUUCCGAGAGGACGGAGGAGGAGCAGAACCAGGAUCAAGCAACAGCGGCCUCUAGUGGCUGCGAUAGGAAUUGCAGCACCUCGCCGCUCCGUUGACAUGCACUGUCAUGGCUUGACGAAAGCCACGACUCUCGGACAUUCCAAAGCUUUAGGAAGCUCAUAGACACAUGAACAGUAUGAACUCUCUCUCAAUAUAUAUGUAUGUAUAUGUAUGACUUAAUAAUUAUUAUAAUUAUUUGUAGAACAGUGUGUAUACUAAGAACUCUAGGAGCCUCUUUUUGUACGUUGAAGAAAAAAAAAAAAAAAUGCCAAAAAGUUGUACCAUAAACUUUAUUUUCCUUGUGUAGUUCAAGACAAAUGGACUUUCUGCAGUUAUUUUUCAGAUAUACUGUAAAUAUUUAAGCGCUGUAGCGCUUUCACCCUAAGUUUCUUGCAUUUUUGUCUGUCGUUGUAAUGGGACACCUACUGUACGUAGCUUCUGUCAAACAAGGUAUCUGUUUGUGUUUUAGCACCCUGCACUUUUAUAUUAGAGCUUGUUUUGCACUUUUGUCAUUUGCUUUGGUGUUCAUUAUGCCAUGAUGUCUGUAGAUGUGUGCAGUGUGGUGUUUCGGGGGAAACUGGAAAAAAGAGCAUACUUUUAAAGGGAUAGUUCACCCAAAAAUGGAUAUUCUAUCGCUGUUUACUCGCUUUCCAAACUCAUAUGUUUUUGUUUCUUCUGUGGAACACACACACACACACACACACACACACACACAAAAAAGAUAUUUUGAAGACUGUGCUGAUUGCUCUUUUCCAUGAAAUCUGAAAAAGCUUCAAAAAGGACUCACAAGCCUUGUUCAGACCGUCAGUCCAAAUUCAAUCCUAUUUAGCAAGUGUGAACGGGAAAAAAAAUCACAUGAAAUCUGAUAUUUACAAAUCCAUUUCAAGCUACAUUCAAAUGUGGUUUGAAAUCCUAUUCAAGUCUAAUUUUUGGAAAUCGGUUAAAGUCUGACCGCUCUGAUCAUAGCAAUUCUUUGUUACCUUCUCACGCCAUGUAAAACGUAAACGCAUAUCGUACUAUAUAUUAGAGCUGCACGAUUCUGGAUAAAAUGAGAAUCACGAUUUUUAGGUUUCAAAUAGAGAUCACGAUUCUGAAUAUAUAACUAAACAAAAUAACAUGUAAUUUACUAGAAGUUUUGACAAAAUAUAAAUUGCUGACUCUAAUUGCUGGAAAAUGUUUGAAUGAAUUAUUUAAAAAAUGGUUUUGAAUGAAUUCAGUGACUCAUUAAUAAAUACUUGUUUCAUUGCUGGAUGAAUCAGUGUUUUUGAACGAAUCUUUUGAAUGAACGAUUCAAUGACAUACAUUUUUUUAACAGUCAGUUGUCGCCAACUAGUGGAAUUAGAUGUAAUUGAUACAACCGUUAUUUGACGUGCCAAGUUCGUUUCAAAAGGUAGGCUAUUUGCUCCAUUUUGAUCGCUAUCGUAGACAUCGGUGUUUAAAUACUAACUUAAAACUUAUAUCUCAGUACUUAUGUGAUAACGUGAAUAUUUGUAACAUAGAAAUAACUAAUGUGUGAUUCAAAACGGCUCUCGCUGGCUCUGGCAGCCCGAACACAGAUUUGAACGUUCCGGUAUGAUUUUGUCAAAGGUUUAAUAGACGCGGGAGAAUCGUUGUCAUUAAUAAAGUACGAUCGCGUGGGUGCUUGAAUCGAGAUCGCGAGCUUUUUACGAUUAAUCGUGUAGCGCUACUAUAUAUCAAAAUUGUAUAAUCGUAUUCUAUAUCAUAUUGUAAGGCAACACUGCAGUGCUAUAGAAAUAGGCCUAUUCUGAGCGCCACGAGACACACAAAUCAGAUCUAAACCGUUUCAAUACACAGUGUGAACAGUCAAAUUUUUUUUUAGAUCAGAUUCCUAUCAUGUUCAAACCAUAAUCAAACCAUUGCUUUGAAUUAGAUCUUUUCAAUGAAUCAGUUAAGCCACAGUCACACUAGACUUUGAGCAAAUUUCUACGGACACUGCAGCUGUCGUGCUUUUUUAAGUACAUAAUUCAACAUCUAAUACAUCAAAUAUGCAAUCUACUCCAAUGUACUAUAACAAUGCAGUCCUGCAGAUACAAAGUUUGUAUCAAUCUGUGGCGUAUCAAUCUUCUAGUCAUUCAGACGUCUUCACAUCAUAUGAAUUUGCAUGUCAGAGUUCACUAAACUUGAACUUUAGAACAGUGAAAUGUGAAACUCUAGUGUGACCGCAACUUUAGUUCAAAAAUGCAGUCUGAAUGAUCUGGACACAACAUCUGGCCACAGCGGUUAAGACGACGACAGUCGUACAGGUUUGGAAGGACAUGAGGGUAAAAAAUUAUCAUUUACAUUUUUUGGAUGAACUAUUCUAUUCAAUGUUUCCCCCCCAAAACAAGCUUAUUUUAUAUGAAAUUAAUUUCUGAAAUGUGUCUACACACUGGAUGGGAGGUUCGGUUCAUCUGAACCCUCUCACACUGCAGAAGAAGUGCCUUCAGACUCUGCUAGACUGAGACUCUGGCUGGAACGCUGAUUAAAUUAGCAUCCCUCUAGCCAUCCAACAUGUGUAUAACUGAAUUACGUUUCUCCGUUGACACUGCAUUUGUCUAAAAGCAGAACAAAAUAUCUAUUCUCUCCCCGCACAGGAAAAUGCUUAACUCUACUGUAUGACUUUAAGGGUUUUUCCAAGUGGUCUUGUAUAGAUGGGAUGAUAGAAGUGUGCACAGAAACAAUAAUGCAUUCAGUGCGACAAUCAAUUUACUUUACAACUUGACCAUGAAAUACCUUUAAAUGACUGUUGAUCUUUUGUGUAAUUGUGCUAGAAAAACCUGAUUCGACCAGAAUAACAAAUUAUGUCAUGAUGUGGAGCUAAAGGUUUUAGAAGCACAUUAUGAAUUGUAAUUUUUCCCUUUUCCACACAAAAUUAUUUGCUGAUACUCAGAAUUCAUUCUAGGCAGCGUUUAGUAGCACUUGAAUGUGAAUUAAACAACCUUUGUUUUAUGACAGUGUGCAUUGUACUUCAUUUAAAAUGUCUUUGUAAAGGGAAUGUCCUUUUCUAAGGAGGAUUCAAAGGGAUAUUUGGUCAAACACUGUGUUGUUUAAUACCAUGAUAUUCCAAACCUUGCCAGCUAUGAACAUUGUUUGGGAAUUCCCUUUGGGCUUUUCCAGAAAUCAUGUCUUGUAAGAUGUCUUUCUGGAUGUGUUAUAGCAUUUACACCAGUUUCAGUUUGUGUGCUUAUUUGUAAUUGUAUGUUGUUGUUUUUAAAAUCCAUGUUUUAUUUUGGCAUUAAGUAGAAUUUUGUCCUGUGUGGAUAUGUCAAUGUUUACUGAGUAAAAUAAACUGAAUGGACUUUACAGAAACCCCUGAA